GGAAAAAAAGAAGUAAGAAAAGUCUUCGUUGUGUGGGCCUCCGGAUUGGCGGCCCAAGUGGCCCAGUGUCCACUCUACUCGUGUCGGAUUAGCAAAAACUGACACAUCAAUUUACAGCCGUAAUGAUGAAUAGACGCCAGUUAACUGCCUGGCAACCGCUCAUCAGGGGACAAAUCCUCAUUCAUCACACCAUAAAUCACUAUUUAACCAUCUACUGCAUCUCAUUAUCGCAUUCGCUCAAUCCUAGUUCCAAGUCACAACUCAUUUCUGUUUCCACUUUCCAAACGCCGCCAGUUGCUCCGCCGAGGCAAGCGCCCAGAGCACGAACCGGCGAUGAUGCCGCUGAAGAAGAAGAUGGAUCCAUCGGCGUCGAAUUCGAUCUCCGCACCUCCCUCUGAAGAAAUGGGAGAGCCAGAGAAAAUGGAUGAGAUGGAGCAAGUUUCGUCUGAUCUAAAGUCGUUGAAGACGCUAUAUGGGCUGCUUCACAGGGGUCCGACGGAUGAAACUUUGGAUGAAACAUCAAGAGCCUUCAUGACGAAGAUGUUAGAUGACAUUACUCGUCAGACACUCCUCAGGCAGGCAAAGAUGCUGUCUCCUGUGCUGGAGAGGAAGCUAUCUAUCCAGUCCGAUCAUCGCCGGACGCGCGACGACGCCGUGCCGGUGCCGGUGCCGGUGCCGGUCGUGAAGCCGAUAGCCUCGUUCAGCCCCAGCCUCCAUGCCAGUGAGAAAUCAAGCCGGCUGAGGACGCAAGGCGCGACGAGAAGGCGAGACGGUCGCCAUGGCCAGGACAACUACCGUCUCCUUGCUCGCGUCGCCUCGAACCGCUCGGCAAGAACCACAGUGCCGCCGCCGGCGCCGCGCCACCGUCAGAGUCCGGAGCGACGCCUUGACCGCCUCGCCUCGCGCCGUUCGUCCAGAGCCGUGACGCCGCGGCGCGGCACGGUGGACGGUGGGAAUCCGCUCUCCGACAUGAGGUGUCCGCGCCGUGGCGACGACUCGUCGAUGGAGCGCGGCGGCGGCAGCAGCAGCAGCAGCCGCUCCCUCUCCCGCGAACCGUCGUCAGCUGUGCAGGAGCGGGGACGGGGGCUGCAUCGCGGCGCCUCGCCGGCGGCGGCACCGCGCGUGGGAGCGGAGGGCGGCUCCUCGACGCGCCGUCUCGGGAGGCUGGACUCCGGAUUGUCCGUAAACUUGGUGCCGCCGCCACUGGCGCGGCGACAUGGCUCUCAGCGAGGCGGACGCGGCGCGGCAACAACGACGAAGCUGUCCUCGUCGACGGACGUGGCUGCCACGAUACGCAGCAGCAUCAGGCCGAGCUCCCGAGAAUUCAUGGAGCGCUCCCCGCGUCGAGCUGGUGAAGCUGAAAACGAUAGGAAGGAAGGUGCCGAUGCUGCCAGCGUCAGCAAGGGCCGGCCAAGCCGUGGCGAACUCUCAUCGAUGGAGCGCGGAAGCAGCAGUGGCCGAUCACUCUCCCGCGAACCGUCGUCAGCUGUGCAGGAGCGUGGACGGGGGCUGCAUCGCGGCGCCUCGCCGCCGGCCGCAGUGCGCGUGGGAGCGGAGGGCUCCUCGACGCGCCGCCUCGAGAGGCUGGACUCCGGGUUGUCUGCGAGCAUGGUGUCGCGCCGUGGCACUCCGCGAGCCGGACGCGGCGCGUCAACGCCGAAGCUAUCCUCGUCGACCGACGCGGCUGCCAUGACACGCAGCCGCAUCAGGCCGAACCGUGACCUCACGGAGCGCUCGCUACGCCGAGCUGGUGAAGCUGAUGAAGACGAGAGCCUGCGGCGGUGCCGGGGGAAGGGGAAGGGGAAGGAGAAGGGCGAUGAUGAUGCUGCCAGCGUCAGCAUGGGCCGGCCAAGCCGGCCGCCGCGGCGAGCUCUGAACCGGAUCAACUCCAGUAGCACGUACAGUAGCAGCAGCUGCCCACCAGAGCCGACUUCGAGCACUUCAGGUUCCACUUCGUCGUGGGUGCCACCGCGAGACAAUGCAUCGUCGUGGGCGCCACCGCCACCGCGAGGCAAUCCGCCGUCUUGGGUGCCACUGCCACCGCCACCGGGGGGCAAUGCGCCGUCGUGGGUGCCACCGCCACCGCAACCGCGGGGCAUUGCGCCGCCGGAGUACGGGUUUCAAGUGUCAGGCGCGUCGAGGGUCAGUCGCCACCUUCGCCGGCAGGAGCGCCUGGAGAGGAGAGUGGAGCGGAUGAGGAGGUUCAAGGAGAAGCUCGGCACGGUGUUCCACCACCACCACUUCGGUCCCUCGGGCAGCAACGAGGGGGCGCCCCCGCUGUUCAGCCGUGACGUCCACGACAACGGUUAUCACCGCCCGUCGCCGUGGAAGGUUCUCGGCGGUGUCCUCCACCGCACGACACGCCGUGGGGAGAAGAACAACGAGGGGGCGCCCCCGCUGUUCAGCCGUGACGUCCACGGCAACGGACAUCACCGCCCGUCGCCGUGGAAGGCUCUCGGCGGUGUCCUCCAUCGUGCGACACGCCGUGGGGAGAAGAAGACCAGGAGCGUGCCGGCAGAUCAUCGUGGCGGCGUCGGCGGCGGCGGUGGCGUCGGGCACGCGCUGUUACACAUGUGGAACAAACGGCGGGCGAUGGCGAAGCAACGUGGCGGCGUCGGGCGCGCGCUGUUCCAAAUGUGGGGCAAGCGGCGGGCGGCGGCGAAGCAGCGUGGCGGCGGCGUCAGGCGCGCGCUUUUCCAAAUGUGGGUCCAACGGCGGGCGACGACGGCGAAGCGGCGUGGUGGCGGCGGCGUCGCGCACGCGCUGUUCCACAUGUGGGGGAAACGGCGGGCUACCGCAAGCGCUGGGAUGUGCGGUACGGGAAGCCGGUGGAAGGCCAAGAAGUUGCACUGGUGGCAGCGGGUGAGGCCGCGGCACCGUUCUGGACAUGGAAAGGCAUUUCGGUAACUGGUAGCAGCUUAUCUGUGUCUCUAUUACUACUAGUAGCUUCUUUGUGUGGAGAUGUGGCUAUACUAUUUUGAAACAAAUUUUGAAUUGUAGAAGUUGCUAUAAUUUAAGACGAAUGGAGUAGCUUAUUUGUAAUUUGUUUCACAGCUUAUUGCUCUAAGUAACAAUGCAUUAUCUUUUCAUUAGAAGCAAAUAUUCCUCUCUCAAUAGAGGGUGCAAAGUUAGUCCAUUCUCAUCGUGUGGAACCUAAAAGAAAUUCAUUAUCAUCACUAGACGAAGGGGUACA